UGGAGACCGCGCAGCCUGGGCUGGGCUGGCGCGUUGGUCUGCGGGUCGUGGCCUGCGGGACUCCGGAGCCAUGGCGCCCAAAAAGAAAGGGAAGAAAGGGAAAGCCAAAGGCACCCCGAUUGUUGAUGGUCUCGCUCCAGAGGACAUGAGCAAGGAACAGGUGGAGGAGCACAUUGGCCGCAUCCGGGAGGAGCUGGACCGUGAACGCAAGGAGCGCAAUUACUUCCAGCUGGAGCGGGACAAGAUCCACAGUUUCUGGGAGAUCACGCGGAGGCAGCUGGAGGAGAAGAAGGCUGAACUGAGGAACAAAGACCGGGAGAUGGAGGAGGCUGAGGAGAGGCACCAGGUGGAGAUCAAGGUCUAUAAGCAGAAGGUGAAGCACUUGCUGUACGAGCAUCAGAACAGCCUGAUGGAGAUGAAGGCGGAGGGCACUGUGGCCAUGAAGCUGGCGCAGAAGGAGCGCCGCGCGCAGGAGGGGACCCUGUGCAGGGACAUGCGGGCGCUGCAGGUGGGGCUGAAGGAGCAGGAGCUGGCCAGCGAAGUGGUGGUGAAGAACCUAAAGCUGAAACACGCCGAGGAGAUCACCAAGAUACGCAAGGACUGCGAGCGGCAGGUGCGAGAAAUCGAGGCCAAGUACUAUAAGAAGGUCAGGAUGCUUAGGGACGAGCUUGAGCUGCGCAGGAAGACAGAGAUCCACGAGGUGGAGGAGAGGAAGAAUGGCCAGAUCAGCAUGCUUAUGCAGCGCCACGAGGACGCCUUCACGGACAUCAGGAACUAUUACAACGAAAUCACCUUCAACAACCUGGCUCUCAUCAGCUCCCUCAAGGAGCAGGUGCAGGACAUGCGGAGGAAGGAGGAGCACCUGCAGAAGGAGAUGACGGAGGUGUCCGCGCAGAGCAGGCGCCUGGCAGACCCCCUGCAGAAGGCUCGGGACGAGAUGACUGAGAUGCAGCAGCAGCUCAGGGGCUACCAGAGGGACAAGCAGACCCUGCUGUGCACGAAAGCCCGUCUGAAAGUCGCCGAGAAGGAGCUGAAGAGCCUGCGGUGGGAGCGCGAGGUGCUGGAGCAGCGCUUCCUCAGGGUGCAGCACGAGCGUGACGAGCUGUACCGGAAGUUCACCGCGGCCGUCCUGGAGGUGCAGCAGAAGGUGGGCUUCAAGAGCCUUGUCCUGGAGCGCAAGGUACAGGCCCUGGCCACCGCGGUGGAGAGGAAGGAGGUGCAGCUCGACGAGGUGCUGGCGGCCUCCAACCUGGACCCUGCGGCCCUGACCCUCGUGUCCCGCAAGCUGGAGGACGUUCUGGAAUCGAAGAACAGCACCAUCAGGGACUUGCAGUACGAGCUGGCCCGGGUCUGCAAGGCCCACAAUGACUUGCUGCGUACCUAUGAGGCGAAGCUCCUGGCCUUUGGGGUCCCCCUGGACAACGUGGGCUUCAAGCCCCUGGAGACGGCUGUGAUCGGGCAGACACUGGGCCAGGGCCCCGCAGGACUCGUGGGCACCCCAACGUAGCCCCUGCCCGGGGCCACUGCCCGAUGACACCCCCCCUCACGCACCGAGGACAGCAGGUAUUGUUCUGUGGACAUGCGUCGUCAGCAAAUGAAGGUUUUCACAAGUGCUGCGUGUCCUGUUGGCGUGGCUGUGUGGAGAGGCGCCCCCAGGGCCCACGGUGCUGUCUGGCCCCUUUCCCGAGCCGACCAGCUCUGUGCGCACACCCGCCGCCAUCCCACCUGGGGCUGGGCAGCUCCAGCCGAGCGUGCCUAGUGACCGCAGCUGCCUCGCAGAUGCCAGCAGCAACUUUAGCGAAGCCCGAGUGACAGCUGCCACUGGGAAAUCGGGGCCAGAACGUCCCCGGGAAGGGUGACCCUGGUGCCCGCGAGCAACAAGCCCGUCCUGCUGGUCGGGGGCGGCUCAGCCUGCCGGGUGACGGCUCCGGGCUCGCGGGCCGGCUGCCGGUCAGCCACUAGCUCCCUUGGUACGUGGUGUAAGACCACGGGCUCAGCAGCAGCGGUACGUGGAACUUGUGGGUCUCGUUUGUGAUGGUGAAAACGACCUGCGGGCAGAGGGGACACCGGGAGAGCCAGGGGCCAGCAUGGAGCGCCCUCAGCCUGGCCCCAGGGCUGCCGUGGACUCAGCAGCCCAGACGGCUGGCCUGGGGCUGCGGCUGGGGGGCAGGAGCCCCCGGGCCAGCUGGGGGGCGGUGGGUGUGGCUGGGUCCUCCCCAGAGAAAGCACGCGAUCUGAGGGGCCCUGGGCCUGCAGGUUCCCGGGGGUU